GCUGCCGCCUCCCCGCCCCGCCCCCGCAUCUCCUCCUCUGCCCCGCGCUGACGCCGGCCCUCGCCGCCAGUCGUUGACAGCCGCCGAGCUGCGAGCUUCUUCUCUCCCGCAGAGGCAGGGACUCCUGAAUAUAUUUGAAAACUGAACAGUUUCAGCCAAGCCGAAGCAUUCUGUCUUCCCAGGGACACAAAUCCAACUUAGCUGAGCCAAAGCAGAUAUAAGUCAUCAUGGUGAAAAGCCACAUAGCCAAUUGGAUCCUGGUUCUCUUUGUGGCCACGUGCAGUGACAUGGGCCUCUGCAAGAAGCGACCAAAGCCUGGAGGAGGAUGGAACACUGGGGGGAGCCGAUACCCAGGACAGGGCAGUCCUGGAGGCAACCGCUAUCCACCCCAGGGAGGGGGAGGCUGGGGUCAGCCCCACGGUGGUGGCUGGGGCCAACCCCACGGUGGUGGCUGGGGUCAGCCCCACGGCGGUGGCUGGGGUCAGCCCCAUGGUGGCGGAGGCUGGGGUCAAGGUGGUGGCACCCACAAUCAGUGGAAGCCCAGUAAGCCGAAAACCAACAUGAAGCAUGUGGCAGGAGCUGCUGCAGCUGGGGCGGUGGUAGGGGGCCUUGGCGGCUACAUGCUGGGGAGUGCCAUGAGCAGGCCCCUUAUACAUUUUGGCAGUGACUAUGAGGACCGUUACUAUCGUGAAAACAUGUACCGUUACCCCAGCCAGGUAUACUACAGGCCAGUGGAUCAGUAUAACAGCCAGAACAGCUUUGUGCAUGACUGCGUCAACAUCACAGUCAAGCAGCACACGGUCACUACCACCACCACCAAGGGGGAGAACUUCACUGAGACGGACAUCAAGAUGAUGGAGCGUGUGGUGGAGCAAAUGUGCAUCACCCAGUACCAGAGAGAAUACCAGGCUUAUUACCAAAGAGGAGCAAGUGUGAUCCUCUUCUCCUCCCCUCCUGUGAUCCUCCUCAUCUCUUUCCUCAUUUUCCUCAUAGUGGGAUGAGGAAGGCCUUCCUGUUUUCAUCAUUCUUAAUCUUCACCAGGUUGGGGGAGGGGAUAUCUACCUGCAGCCCUUUGGUGGUGUCUCAUUCUUGCUUCUCUGUUCGUCACCUGUAGGUUAAUACCCUUGGCCCUUACAGCACUGGGAAAUGGAGAGUAGAUCUGAGAUGCUAUUUAUUCAAGCCCCAUUUGACUGAAUCCUUCAUAGGCCAAUGCUAGUGCUGAGCUGGUAAAAGUGUAACAGCAAAUAAUCAUUGGUUGAUCUAGGCUUAUUUUUCAUCUAGUGCAACAGAUUGAGGCUAAAACAAUUCUCAAGGCAGUCUUCAAAUACCUUUGCCUAAAUACCUCCAGCUCCUUCUCCAGCUAGAGCUCAGUACACUAAUGCCCCAUCUUAGCAGUGAUUUUAUAGCAAUUUCCUCAUUUGUUUUAAGAAAACCUGACUGCAUUUCCCUGUUCAGACAGCAUUUCUGCCAAAUCUGGAAGAAGGCCACAUAAUAUUCAUUCAAAAAACAAAACUAGAAAUCCUUAUCUUGUGGGCCCAGGCUCAACCCGGUGGAAAGCAUGUGUCCUGUGUCUGCAGAGAACUGUAAGGAUGUUUUGCAUUUUGCAGUACGGGUUACACAGCAGCUAUUGCAUCAAGAAUGGAUAUUCGUGCAACACUAGACUUCUGGGCAGAGGACAUUUUCACAGGGAAUGAACAUAACUAACAACAUAAUAUGAAAGGCUUCUGAGACUAAAAAUUUCCAACAUAUGGGAGAGGUGCCCUCGAAGACAACCUCCCAUUUUGGAUGUUUAAAGCACCUUCAUGUGGUAUUCUUUUCUUUAGUAAUAUAAACUAUAGAUAAUUAAGUUACCUUAAUUAAACUACCUUCUGGACA